AAUUUAGCGGGACAGAUAAGACAAUGUCUAAAUUAAAACUUGAUUUAUUAUUGUGCUUCAGCAUUUUAAGUUUCGUUCAAUUCGCAUUAAUUCGUUGUGAUUGUAUGGUUAAAUAUCCAAAUAAUACGGAAACUUUACCGAUCUAUAAGAAGAUAUUUGGCAAGUAUUUGGUAGAAUUACCUUAUACCGGUAAAGAUAUACAAUUGAAUGAGGGCGAAGUAAUCCAGGCUUUAUGUCGCACAAAUUUCAGUUCCAUUUCUUACAAUUCCCAACAACGAGAUCGUUAUGGCUAUAAUAUAAAUUAUCAAGUCGUCUUAACAAACCAAACAUCUAUUAGACUACAGUGUCUAAAUAAUCAGCUCUAUUUCAAUAAUAGCGUCUUGAAAGAAAAGAUUUUGGAGUGUGAAAAACUUAAGUGGAGCAUUUACGAAACGAAUGAGCCAUAUGAAUGGUGCGAAAAGCAACCAAAUGCCAAUACUUUCUUACUUGCUGCCAAAUCCAAUCAAGAUCAUCAUAUAUUGGCUGGUAUUUGUUUUAAUUUGAACGAGUGGUCGCUCCAGACUAUCACUUAUAAUAUCAGCAACUCUGGGCAAAAGUAUGAUAUGGAAAUGCUAAUAGAUAUUACGAAAACAGAAUUGAAAUCGUUUCAGUCGCUAGAUGAGGAUCUUUGGAACUUGAAAACUACUGGAAGUUUUGCUCUAAACGAAAACGAACUGCAGCAACAACUGACAGAAUUGAGUAAAACAAAUCAUUGGCUGUACCUGGCCGCCUACGAAAUGUCGCCAAUUGUCCAGGGUGCUUCAUAUGAACAUUAUUUCAAGGAAUAUCUCAGUAUUUUGAAUACAAUAUGGUGGCGUAAUUUACGUUUGGGCAAUUGGAAACUCUUUAUGAACACAUUGGAAAACUAUGCCUACAACAAUAGUUUUCAAUUGUAUACGGGAACAUCUGGCGUAGUUACGAUUCCCUCCAAUAAUAUAGGGGAUUAUAAUAAGCUGGAAAUCAAGAAUGGUUAUCUAAACGAAACAAUACCUGCCUACAUUUGGACAUAUUUAACAUCGACCGAUAGUCAAAAUGAGGAUUUCAUUAUUGUCGGCUACAAUUCGCCCUAUGCCGAGUUUUUCAACCACAACGACGUUGUUUUCUGUCCAAAUAUUUGUUCUGAAAUUCCUUGGCUGAAAGAAAUCUAUUCAUCGUUCCGUUUCUCAACGGCUGGCAUUAUGUUUUGCUGUUCACCUGAAUUUAUGCAAGAGAAAAAUUAUUUACAUGGGUUUCCCAUGGAUGUUUUAACGACACGUGCCCUUCUAAAGCCAACAAAUGAAACGGUAGUUGAAAACUCCCCCAGAAGUUUAUUGAAUGCAAGUGACGAAGAGACAACUGAACAAAAUCAAACUGUUGAUGAUUCUGUUGAACUCCGAACUGAAAGUUUAUUGGGACUGAAAGUGGUAGAAGAGGAAAAAAUCAAUUUGGAUGAUGAUAAUACGAAUAAGAAUUAAUAUUAACAUAAUGUAAAUAAUAAAUAAGUAAUCAGCUCAAUUAUGAAUAAAAAAUUCCGCGGGAGUUAGUUCCUUGGGAGUUUUUUCCCAUUGAAUUUGAAUAGGAAAAAUUAGAAAAGGGAGAAAACUCCCUGGGAAUUUUUAUUCAUAAUUGGGCUGAAUAUGUAUGUUAACAUAUUUUGCAAUACUGAAGUAACAAAUUUGUAAUCGUGUGUAUUUCAGAGACCCUAAAACUUUCGCUUAUUUCAUUUUAAAAUAAUAAAUCAGCAAUUGUUUUAAAAUUUCCAUAA